CCAAUCUGCCUGUGGGCCUGGAUUACACAUCACUGCUCCACCUGGUGCAUGAAUGUGCAUGAAUGUGCAAUUGCAGGUAAUUUCUUAAAAAAGGUUUAGGGGGCGUUAACAAGGCAGCCACGCAUUAAGUAUAUCACAGUGGGGGGUCAUGACUGGUGUAGGGGGGCUUGGUGGAAUGAUACCUAAGUCAUGCUAAUGUCAUGACAAGAUCAGUGUGAAAUCCUGCAGCAACGAGGCAACGAAAAUUUGCCGCUCCAUCUGUAUGCUUAAUGUAUCACUAUAUUAGUAAUCUAUAUCAUGAAUGAAGAACUUUUAGAAAGUUUUAGUUUUUCAAGUAGGUUUUAUAUAGCUCCUCUGAGCAGUGAUUUAAGCAGCUAGUUUAGCCCAGUGACAAGAAAGCAUAACUCUAAUGUAGGAAUUCCUAGUUCAAAACCUGACUGGAGCAAGUCUUUAAACAAUAUUCAGAAGAAUGAUUUACAGAACUGUUGUCAUGUGUGAAACACUUUACAGUUUUCAGUGACUCCACAAGACUGAAACUAUAACCAACAGUCCUUAGUUGAUUCACUAUUUUUGAUUGAAUUAAUUAAAUUCGACUCCAGGUUGUUUUCUUUUUUGUGGUAGUUUAAGUAGCGCUGCCACUUUGAAAUGCUUUGGAAAAUUCAACCAGCUGGACGAAUGACCUCAAGCCGAACUUCAGCAACACGAUGAACCGUGACCCAGAACCCUGGUCCUGGAUCAAGGCGAAACUGCCAACUCAUCCAAACCGGUAAUGGGAGACACUGUACAGUGGCCUACAGCUCUGAAUUAAGGCAAGACAAGCAUUUCUAAUCUUCUGAGAAUUCUUGUGUUUCUCAAAGCGCUAAAAUUGAAUAUUCUAAAUUCAUAAGUUAUCCUUUACUGGUUUUAUAAGUUAGAAACAAUUACUCUAUUCUCUUGAUCAAAGCUAUCACACACUUAUAGAUUGACUGCUGUGUUUUGUAUGAUUGUGUUUCUCAUACGAAUGCUUCUCAAUGUUAUUUGCAAUUAACAUUAUCUGUCAUAUAAGCUUUCAACACACCCAAACACAUACACCCUCAUUCACCAACAUCUGUUCCCUGUUCAUGCAUUGCUGAUCAUUUGAGAUCAUUUGAUGCUUAUUGUUUGCUCAUUUCUUGUUCUUCUAUUUUUUUAUUUCAUUCAUUGUUGUUAAUCAUAAUUAGUAACUCAUUAAAUUGACAUCUGGCGUUUGAAAGCGUGAUUUCAGCUUUAAAACAAACCUGGUGUCACCAUUAAGGUGACAUAUAUCAUGUCACCUUACUAUUACUGCUGUAAACUUACCUUACUCCAUACUGCCUUGUUUAGAUCUAAUCGGUUGAGUCUGACUCAAUCAAAGACAUGCACCUUUGAUGUCUAAAUGAUUCAGUUUGUGUUAUGUCUGUUUAUUUGAUUUACUCAGUUUGUGCAGUUGUGCACUUCAUAGCUCAAAUCAAAAUGUGAUUCACUGCAGAAGAAACAAUAAAUCACACAUCUGUGUAUCUUCUUUAAUCCUUUGCUCUGACAUUAUCUGACAGCCCUUUGAUGCUUUAAAGAUAAGAGAUUAGUAUAACAAUGUAAUACAGUGUCCUGAUUUUGUCCACACUGACAGCAGAGUCAGCCAUUAAUCACCCAGACAUGAGAAAGCAAAGAGAUAAAGGCAGAAAAAGAUGAACAGAUGGACCAUUCAGGACACUUUUGUGCCCUUUAGCUCUGGGAGAUUCUUGCAUUGAAGCUUUACUACAGGAGACGGCAGGAAAGGAUUUUUAUAGUGCAUUGCCAAUCUAAGAGGAUUUGUCACCAUGGCCAUUAUCGGUGCUGGAUUUGAUGACCUUUCCUUUAGUACUGAAGACAGCUACAACCAUGUCUUCAUUGACACGGGGACCAAUACAGUCAAAGGCAUGUAUUUCCAUCGUGCUCGACAGAUCCCUAAAGCAGAAGCAUUUUAUUGUGACCAUGAUGCUUCACAGCAGACCCUCAUCAAUGUAGGAGGCAUCCGAUUUGUGUUUCCCCAGAGCACUCUGGAAGAUUUUCCCAAUAGCCGCCUGAAACGUCUGUGCUCCUGCACUACCCUCAGGGAGAUAACAGAGGUUUGUGAUGACUAUGACACAAUAAGACACGAAUUCUUCUUUGACCGUGACCCAUUAGCCUUUCGAGCCAUCUUCAGUUUCCUGGCAAAGGGUAAGCUACGUCUGCUUCAGGAGGUCUGCAAUGUGGCUUUACACACUGAACUCAUGUACUGGGAAAUUGAUGUGGAACAGAUGGAACCCUGCUGCCACCACCGCAUGAUGUCUUCUGUGGAGGAUCUGGUUGAGCAGAAGCGCAAAGAAGAUGAGUGGCGGGAGAAGAGAAUGGCACUGAGAGCUCUUGGGACAGAGGGCAGCCUGUUCCAUAUGCUGGGAGAAGCAGUUGAGAACCCUCACUCAGGCUUAGCAGGAAAGGUUUUUGCCUUACUGUCUGUCAUCAUGGUCGCAGUCACCGUGGUUAGUCUGUGCAUCAGCACUAUGUCAGAUCAGGAAGACACCAAGGGUGAAUGCUCACAAAAGUGCCGUAACAUGUUCAUCGUGGAGUCCGUGUGUGUCGCUUGGUUUACUUUAGAAGUCCUGAUACGUUUUUUUCAUGCACAAAGUAAGCUGGAAUUCCUUCGUGGCCCACUCAACAUCAUUGAUGCUGCUGCCAUCCUACCCUACUAUGUUUCCCUGCUUCUGGAGCUCAAAGAUGAAUCUGUGCAGGACAUUGUGGCUGGAGCAGGAAGGAGCACCUUAGAUAAACUAGGUCUGACCCUACGUGUCAUGAGGGCCCUGCGGAUCCUCUAUGUGAUGCGCCUGGCCCGUCACUCUGUGGGUCUGCAGACUUUGGGCCUGACCAUUCAGCGAAGCAUGAAAGACUUUGGCCUGCUGAUGCUCUUUGUGUGUGUGGCAGUGACGCUUUUUUCCCCAUUGGUGCAUCUUGCUGAAAGUGAACUCUCUCCAAAUGCACAGCUCAGCUUUAGCAGCAUUCCAGCAUCCUACUGGUGGUCCAUCAUCUCUGUGACAACAGUGGGGUAUGGCGAUAUGGUGCCACGAAGCAUACCAGGCCAAUUGGUGGCACUCAUCUCUAUUUUGGCUGGAAUUCUCAUUCUGUCUUUUCCUUCUACAUCAAUCUUUCACACAUUUUACCGCACCUACACCGAGCUCAAGGAAGAGCACAAAAGGCUGUGGAGGGAGGAGAGAGGGGCUGAGCUGGCUACUGAGGAAAGCGUGAAAGUAAAAGAACCAUGGAUGAAUGAGUGGGGAGAACCAGACUUCUUACUUGGUUUGGACAACCAUUAUUUUCUUUUCUCUAAAGAUAUCACAAUGCUGGCUCAGAGCAACAGCGAUCAGCCUCUUCCUUCUCCUCAAACAGGAUGAGUUCACAGAAAUGUACUAAAGACAUUAUACAGCCAAAAGUAUUUUUAACCUCUGCAGCUUCAGGUUCAUAGUGUAGUUUAAUGUGUUUCCUGAUAUUAUAUUGAUCUAAUGUUUAGCUUUGAUCACCAUUAUUUAUUUAAACACAAAUUAUUGGGGAUACAAAAUCUUUAACUUAAAAUUCAAAUAAUUCUAUCUGUACGUAGCCACCCGCUAAACGACCUGCCUUUAUCAAGUUGCAUUUGUGAUUUUUAGUGCUGAUAAUGUUUUGGUUGUCAGAGUAUCAGAAUUUGUUGAUGUUUAGGGAAAUAUGCAGUUUAGCUUCAGACAGUUUUUUUCUCCAGCCUGUGGAAGCGUGAAACACUUUUAGCCUUUGUCACAACCAACAUUGUUACACCUGGUCUAGACGUUAAAUAGGGGAACUAACACUUUACUGCUUUGUUGAUGGAUAUUAUGUUUGUUGUUUUAUUUUGGUUUCACUUUAUAUUCUAGGUUGUUGCUUGUUUGUUACUACAUUUACACGUUUUUUGUCUAGUUUGUUUAAACGUGCUACAUGUGUACAGUGUGUAUUUGUCUUUCUGUGUUUGAUUCACCCACAUAUGAUUCUGUAUCUUGUCUGUCCUGCUCAGCAGUGAUUUUGAGUUUUGGCAAUUGUCUCAUGGCCCAGAAAAACAUACACUGAUGGUAAAUAACAACAAAAGCAAGACGAGAUGAGGGAUGAGGAAGAGCCCCCUCAAGGCAGUUUGAGAAUUUUGGCAAUCACGCUUUGUGACUUUACUUAUGUUUUGUCAAAUAAAACUCACUGAUCACUUUAAUCAAGCAUGCGUAAGGCAUUUUAGAGGCCAAAGUAGACAUGAGAGCGGCUGGUUUGUCUGGUUCCACAGGAGAUUAUUAUUAGAGUGAGACACUGUAGUCUGCAUCAGUAUGGAGGAUUCAAACGAAGGAACAGAGGAUCAGCCAACAAAGGUAUACUUUUGAAGAGGAGGAGAAAAUAUCCACGGAGCAUGUUACUCCAACAAAGACCUGUGAAUAGAAUUAUAGAAACAAUAGCUCUGAGGCACCGAUGAAGGGCUCCGGACCCUGCAUAAAUUCACCAUGGUUUUGCGUGUUAGCAGUUAGGUCAGCAGCUUGGUGGCAGGAGAAACAAAACACAAGCAGAGAACACAGGAACUGAGGCAGUGGCAUAGGAAGCAUGACAAGUUAUCAACCCAGCAGGCACACAACCAACCUUCAACAUUUCAGUUAUUGUUAUGACGUUGAUGUAACAUUAAAAUGUUAACUCCAAUGGUUGUAAAAAGGUAAAAAAUGCUUAUAUGUUACGUUAAAAUUGGUUGAAAUAAUGUAAGUUGUUCUUGUGACAAUGUAAUGUUAUAAUAAAGUUUAAUACUAAUGGUAGUAAAAUUGUUAAAUAAAUACUUAAACAUGUACAUUGACAUAUGAAUAAAAUAUUGUCAGUUGUUUUGGUCCCUAUGCUGUCAUCAUGACCAACAAGACAGAAACCAAAUAAAUGGAGACCAGAUGUACAAAGGACAGAUCCAGGACAUUUUACUCCCUGGUGCCAGAGAAGGUGUCUUUAGACAAAUGCAGUCACAAUAAAGGUGGAGGUGAUUUUCUACAGGCACUCACAUUAUCUAUUAGUCUAGAUCAGAUGGUCAGGAUAGCCGGCUCAAUCUUGUUGAUGCCAUGGUGUCACAGUCUCUGGUCCUGCUCCUUGUUUUAUUUUGAGUUCCUUACUUUCGGUAGUGUCUGGUUCUAUUCUCGGGUUUUAUUUUGAAGGACUUCCUGCCACUCACUCCACAGCUGUGUUUACUGUCACGUCUUGGGUUUACUUCUGCCAUUACUUUGAAAGGACUUCCUGUUUACGUCAUGUCACUGCUGUUCCCUGCUUCUACCGGUCAUUAUCCACACCUGCACUUCAUCAAUAAUCAGUCACCUAGCAUUUACUGUAAGCACCAGCUCUCAUACCAGUGCCUUGCCAGAUUGUUAGUUCGUGUUUGCGUGCAUUCAUCAUCAUCCAGCGUUUUUGUUCUUGUCCCGACCCGUGUUUCCGAUCUUGUUUUGCCUACCGUUACCGAGCCUUGCCUGAUCCCUGCCUGCAUCGUCUGCUGAACCUGUCUGGUAAUUACCCUGCCUGUUUUAUGACUACGAUUCUGCCUCGUCCUGAACGGUACUGCUAUCUCUACCAACACGUUUAACGAACCCUGUCUGUCCACGGAACUGAGCCUGCCUGAACCUUUCUGGUUACUUGUGUAUGACCCUGCCUGACUCUGACUCUGCAUUUCCGGAAAAAAUCCCUUUUUGUAACGUUCAAAACUUGUUUGAGCCGUGCAUGUGGGGCCGCCAUCUAUCAUGUCCUGACACAUGGUACAGUCAAACUGUAAUCCUAAUCCCUGUAUGAUGCAUCGUUAUCUCUGAGCUGGUCUGUCAUUAACAGACUACAUCCCUACUAGUUUUUUGUGUGUUUUUAAAUGGUUUUGUAGAAGAAUUGCUUUUAUUUUGGGCCUUCUAUUAUGAACAUUAAUAUUUGUCUCAUAGAGGGACCCAAACGCACAGCUCAGACAAGGAUUGAGUUUAGUAGAUUUAAUUAGGAUUGUCGUCAGGCAGGCAAUGGUUGGUACACAGUAGACACAGGUAACAGUGCAGACAAUGAAAAUAAAACAGGAAAUGGCAAAGCUGAAAAUACAGGACAUGGUCCAAACCACAGAAAACAAGACCACAACUAAGCAUCAUGAACAUCCACAAGGUAGAAUAAGUCCAUGGGGUAGCUACACAAAGUCCAAACACUCCAAACACUUACCAAUGAAGGUGGAGGCGAGGAGAGUGUCUGCCCAGCAGCCGCUGGGCCAGAACAAAGAGUCAAUGAAAUGUUAUAGGAGGCCGGCUUCUGAACAAGACGCGUUCAGGAGCCCACAGGGCGCAGCAACGUCCACCAGGAUGAGGACGGUCCAAAAGACUGGAAAAUCGAGGUGGCCGGUGAUGAAGGAAGCAGUGCCACCUUUGUUGCUGAAAGUGACGAAGAUGGAGCCACCAGUCCAGUAGCAAUGCAGGGGUAGAACAUGACUGUAACUGCAGCUUGGGCCAAGCAACAUGGCUGCUGCACAGGAGCUUGGGCCAGGCAAGGUGACUGAUGCGCUGGAGCUUGAACGGGCGAUGACCACUGCUCUAGAGCAGGGCAUGAGGUUGCGGCGACAGACUGUAGAGCCAUGACUGGAGCAACCUGCAAUGCAGUAGCUGGAGCUGUCUGAAGAGUAGAGAGUGGUGCAAGUCUGGUGGCCGAGGCAUGAGAGGUUGGCAGUAAGUCCGCAACAACGGCCUGUGGAUCAGUAGCAGAGCCCGGUGUUCAAUUGCAGAGAGACGCAGCGAAGCAGAGACAGGGACAGACAGUAAGACUGAGGCUGAGGCAGGAGCAGAUGGCGGACUGGUAGUCAAGGUGACAGGUUGAGGUGAAGUGAUGGGCCAGGAUGCCGUUGCAGAGGAAUGCCGCGGCUCUGUGGCUGGAAAAAAGGCUGGUUAAUGUUGACGUCGGGGCAUGAGCUGGAAUCUGUUUUCGUGUCAG